GAGAGAGAGAGAGAGAGAGAGAGAGAGAGACCAGAGGGGAAGAGAAGGAGAUCAGACUGAACACAGAUCAGCCCGGAGAGAUCAACUCACACUCACACACUCACUCACUCUCUCUCUCUCCCUCUCUCUCUCUCUCUUUCACACACACACACGCACACACACACACACACACCGUCCCAAAUCUCCGUGCGCUUCAGCUCCUUUCUGUUUGUGCGCGAGCGAUGGUUGGGUUGCGGAAAGGCUUCGUCGCGCGAAAACAGAAGUUCCUGCGCUGAUCCGAAGUGACGCGAAGACGCGCGAGCUCUCGUGUGAAGCGCGCUGAAUGAUCGCGGAGAGUUUGGGCAAAGUUUUGGCGAAGUUUGCGCUGCGCUCGGAUGGCGGUUCGGGUCCCGCCGCGAGGGACAAGCUUCUACCUUCUGCAGCGAGAAAGUCUGGCGUGAAGAAGAAGAGCCAAGCCUCAGCUUUUGGACACGUGAACCAGGAAAAACAUUAACACUAAAAAGCAGAAUCAGCCACAAUGGAGACCAGUGCCUCCACAACUGCUGAGAAAAAAGAGUGCAAAACAGCUGGACUGGAUGCCAACGGCUUCAGCGAACUGCCCAAGAAGCCCUCACCUACCUUCCUAAGCAGAGGGCCUCAUCAUAUAUUCCCGACUUUCCACACUCCGAUCCCCAUUGACAUACGUCACCACGAGGGAAGAUACCACUAUGAACCUCAUGGCCUCCACCCCUUGCAUGGAGCUCCAGCGUUAGGGAGUCCGGUUAUCUCUGAUAUAUCCCUGAUCCGGCUCUCACCAGGCGGCCCGGCCGAGUCGCCCUUCAGUCCCCCUCAUCCCUACGUCUCACCCCAUGUGGAGCACUACCUGCGCUCGGUCCACGGCAGCCCAACACUUUCCAUGAUCUCAGCGGCCCGUGGGCUCAGCCCUGCAGAUGUCGCCCAUGAGCACCUGAAGGAGCGUGGGCUAUUCGGUCUUGCUCCUCCCCCUCCCGGAGCCAACUCAGCUGAUUACUACCACCUGAUGGCUAGUCACAGGAGUCCAUAUGGAGAUCUGAUUGCAGCUGGAUCCACUACUGCUGCUGCUGCUGCCGCUGCUGCUGCUGUUCACCUCCCAGACUACAUCAACCCGAUGGACAUGUCGCGCUUCCCCAGUCCACGCCUCACCCCCAGGCUGAGCCGGAAGAGAGCUCUGUCCAUCUCUCCACUUUCAGACGCCAGUAUUGACCUACAGACUAUGAUCCGCACUUCUCCUAACUCUCUAGUGGCCUACAUCAACAACUCGCGCUCCAGCUCGGCCGCAAGCAGCUCGUACGGCCACCUCUCCGUCGGCGGCAUCAGCCCUUCCUUUCCUUUCCAUCACUCCAUCAACCCGGUAGCAUAUCAACAGCUGCUGUCCCAGCAGAGAGGCCUGAGCCCUUUUGGACACACACCUCCCCUCAUCCAGCCCUCUCACACCUUCUCCUCCCGACAACACACACUCGCCGGCUCGGGACUGAGUGCUAGCACACAUAAUGAAGCUGAGACUAAGAACACGAGUGGUGACUCGGCAGUCAGCAGCACAGUAAACCCAUUGCACACCAAAAGGUCAAAGGUUAAGACGGAGUUGGACAGCUCACGGCCUCUCUCACCCUGCUCACCGGACCCUUCACCACCAGUGGACCCGAAAGAGGACGUGGACAGAGACGAGGGCAAGCAGGAGCCGGAGGUGGCGUACGAGACAAACUGCCACUGGGAAGGCUGCAGCAAGGAGUACGACAGCCAAGAGCAGCUGGUCCAUCACAUCAAUAACGAGCACAUCCAUGGGGAGAAGAAGGAGUUUGUGUGUCGUUGGGAGGAGUGCUCCAGAGAGCAGAAGCCCUUCAAGGCCCAGUACAUGCUGGUGGUGCACAUGCGCAGACACACAGGGGAGAAGCCACACAAGUGCACUUUUGAAGGUUGCUCUAAGGCAUAUUCACGUUUGGAGAACCUGAAAACACACCUUCGCUCACACACUGGGGAGAAACCAUACGUGUGUGAACAUGAAGGCUGCAACAAGGCUUUUUCCAAUGCCUCAGACCGGGCCAAGCAUCAGAACCGCACACAUUCCAAUGAGAAACCGUAUGUUUGUAAGAUUCCGGGGUGUACCAAGCGCUACACAGACCCGAGCUCUCUCCGCAAACAUGUCAAAACCGUGCACGGCCCAGAGGCACAUGUCACCAAGAAACAGCGUGGAGACCUGGUGCCCCGACCUCAGCCCCCACCACGAGAGAACGGAGAGAACGAAGGAGGAACCAAACAAUCUGGCCGUGAAGGACAAGACAAGUUUGAGGCCAACAGCACCACUAGAGGCGUGGAAGACUACCUCCAGGUCAAGUCAAUAAAAACAGAGAACUCUGUGAUGUAUCAGUCCAGCCCUGGUGGUCAGUCAUCAUGUAGCAGCCAGCCGUCACCACUUGGCAGUGCCACCCACCAUGACGGUGGAAUAGAGUUGUCGGGCCCCGGCGGGGGCAGCAUGGGAGACCUGAGCAUGCUGGAUGACGUGCCCCUGGUGGAUUCAACCGUCUCCACGGGCACACUGGGCCUCCACCUGCGCAGGAGUGCCAGCCCGGCUCGCAGGCUGAACCACCUGAAGCAAGAGAAGCUGAAGACAGUGAGGGAGUCGUGCUCCUGGGCAAAUGCUGUUCCACAAGUUCCGGACACAAAGCUACCACCAAUCCCUAGCAAUGGUUCCUUACUGGAGAGCUCUGGACGUGUCGGCAAUAUCCCUGUACCCAUCACCGGCCUUCGUCUGAGUGACAUUUGCCCUGGUGAGACAACAGUUCUGUGCCAGCCAGUGGAGCGUCGAGACAGCCUGGCGAGCACAGUGAGUUCAGCUUAUACGCUGAGCCGCCGCUCCUCUGGCAUCUCUCCCUGCUACUCCAGCCGCCGCUCCAGCCAGGCCUCACAGGCCGGCAUCCGCAUCAACAAUGUCAGCUCGGCCGACUCUUAUGACCCCAUCUCUACAGACCUGUCACGCCGCUCUAGCGAGGCCAGUCAGUGUGGAGGCCUGCCAGGCCUGCUCAGCCUCACCCCGGCCCAGCACUACCGACUCAAAGCCAAAUAUGCCGCAGCAACAGGUGGCGCUCCACCUACCCCUUUGCCCAACAUGGAUCGCAUGAGCCUGAGGACACGAAUAGCCCUGCUGGGAGAUCCACAUGAAACAACUAUGCACCCACUUGGCCUCCCCACAGUGCCCAGGAGAUGCAGUGACACAGGGUAUCCCACUACUAGCAUGAUGCCCCAUGAGGUACCAGGCAGUAUAACAAGGCGCGCUAGUGAUCCAGUUAGACGGGUGGCCGUUGAUCAGCAACGUCUCCAGCAGGGGCAGCGUUUCAACAGCAUGAGCAAUGUGAACCCUAAUCCACCACACUUUCCCUCUUCCAGCCGCCACUUGUCAGUGCAGAGCUAUGUUCGCUCUGAUGGUAGUCUACACCGCCUCCAGUACCCUCCCCGGCCUCCCAGCAUCUCUGAGAAUACUGCAAUGGAGACGAGCGACAUGGAUGGUCCAAUCAAUGGCACUGCUGAUGACUUGAUGUUGCCUGAUGAUAUGGUUCAGUACCUCACUUCUAAUGGAAAUUCUACACAACACAAUGGGUCUGGGUACCGGCACCAGCAAGCACAAGGCUUCCUAGGGAAUAGUGCCCCUCCACCUCAACCAUGUUACUACCAGAGGCGCAUGGCUGUAGCGGAUGGCACUGCAGACAUCAUGACGCAGCAGACAUCAGCUUCUUGCCAGACUAGUCCAGCACAACAGCACAUGUCUCCCAGUGCCAACAAGAGCCACAUGCCUGUGCAGUGGAAUGAGGUCAGCUCAGGGACAGUGGAGGCAUCUCCCAGCCAAAUCAAGCAACAGCAAGCUUUGGAUUGGGGAAAUAUAACUGGUCUCCAGCAAAAACAGAACUUUGGCCCUAUCCAGAUCCUCAAAUCCAACCAGCAAGUAAGAUCCAUGAGUCAGAACCUUGCACAUGCUGCUCAACAGAGUUCUAUGCAGAGGAACGAGGUUAUGGCCCAAAGGAUGACCUGUAGCCAAACUGUUAGGCAGCAAGGCAACAAGAACCACCAGAACGAGCAUAUUCACAAUCAGCAUGGAUACCACCAAGGAAAUGACAUAAACAGAAGCACCAGUCAGCAUGCCUCUUGUGGUAAUAUUACAGGAGGCAAUGUAGGUUUGACAAGCCCAUCUAAGAAAACAAUGCAGCCCAUGAACAUGCAGAAUAACAGGGUAAGAACUAAGCCAGUGGUCAGUCAAAGCCAUGUAAACUUUGAGAAUAAUCAAGGAGAUUAUUCCCAUAUGAGCAGUGAUCAGCAUAGCUAUGAUACUCUUUCCCAGAAUCCUAUCCUGAAUGGAAACCGUGGUCUACUGCAGCCAAGGCCGCCCACAGAAACUAAACCCUUGGCCAGGCAGCACUCAGGGCCAAAUGCAAUGACAGCACAGCAACCUGGUUACCCACAAUCCCACUUCAGCUCAGCAUACAACACCUCUGAAGCUAGCCCCAAAAAGCCUGCCAAUGUGGGUGUUAGUGACACAGACAGCAAUGCCAUGUUCUACACAGGACAGAUCCACAUGUUUGAGUCCAGCAGUCUGAAUAUGCAUGACACCACUGAAGCAGUGGACUGUGGCACAGAUAACAUAACAAUAGCUGCUGUCAGCUCCCCAGGAACCAAUCAAGUCUCAAGCACGGUGGACUCCGCCAGUGGAGUGGAGCAGACCCAGAUUGACUUUGAUGCCAUACUGGAUGAUGGUGACCACUCCAGUCUCAUGUCAGGAACUCUAAGUCCCAGUAUCCUCCGCAGCUUGUCUCAGAAUUCCUCCCGCCUCACUACGCCCCGGAACUCUGUGACAUUGCCUCCAGUACCCGCAGGAAUUGGCAACAUGGCCAUCGGAGAUAUGACCUCCAUGUUGACCGCGCUGGCAGAAGAGAGUAAGUUUCUUAACAUGAUGUCUUAAGAGGUCCAACAGGAAGUAGAAUUGGUGACUGAUGACCUGUUGGCAUUUCUGAAUAAAGAAUUAAGACUGUCCUAGAAUUUUGUGUUUUUAUACAUGUCUGUAUUAUCUGUAUUAUCCUGUAUAGCAUUAGAACAAAUACUUAGUAGUUUCCCCUUUGCUAAAAAAAGCCAUAUUUUGCCUUAGACCAAUAUAUGUACUGUAUAUAAAUACAGAAAAUUUGAUAAACUUCAGUCGAGUAUUUUUGUAUUCUCUUUUAUGGUGGUGAAAUGAGAGUAGCAACAAGUGCCUAGCUAUGCAAAUGCAUAUGCAGGAGAAAAAAAAAAAAUAUUAAAAAAAUCAUGCAGAAUUACAUUUGAUUGUCUUGAACAUACAAAGAAAGUUUGUACAUUAUGUAAAUCACAAAGGUUUGACUCCUUCUAUGUGUCCAUGAGACAAAAAAAUAAACUGAAUGGUAAGGAAAUGUAUAAUAGGAAUAGUCUGAAAUGCAAAACACUUUUAUGCUCCAUAAAACUGUAAUUAUGCUAUACUUUUAAAACAGUGAAGUUUUUUGAGUAUCAUUGGCCAAGUCUUUAUUCCCAUUUCAAAUAACAACGCUGACAUACCAUAUAGCACCCAAAGGAAGAAGAAACUUCUUACUCAGUGCAGACUGAUUCAAUUAUAUCUGACAAACCAAUUUGCUUGGACUUUGGACUCUGAACCCUGAUGUGGCAUUUAAAUGUUUCUUUUUUUUUUUUUUUUGUAUGUGAACAUGUGUGUGGAGCUGGAUCUGUAGAUAUCUUUUGUACAUUUUUAUGAAAUACAGUAUUGUUUUUUUCUA